UGCCUGCGUUCCUCCUGCCUGCUGCCUGCCUGCUUGCUUGCUUGCUUGCUUGCUUGCCUGGCUGCCGGCCGGCCGGCCGGCCGGGCCGCCCGCGGCGGGUAAGAGGCGAGGCGUGUGGGAACGCCAUGGGGGAGACGGGCGCCGGGCGAGGCGCGGGGCGCGCGCUGGGAGCCCUCCUCCCGCGCGCCGCCCGCCGCCUCCCCGACGGCCGCCCGCGCCCCGCCGCCACCGCCGCCGCCGCCGCCGCCGCCGCCAUGAAGCGGGCGCACCCCGAGUACAGCUCGUCGGACAGCGAGGAGCUGGACGAGGCCGUCGAGGUGGAGAAGGAGAGCGCGGACGAGAAUGGGAACCUGAGCUCGGCCGCGGGCUCUAUGUCUCCCUCCACCACCUCGCAGAUCCUGGCUCGGAAGAGGCGUCGAGGGAUCAUCGAGAAGCGCCGCCGCGAUCGCAUCAACAACAGCCUGUCCGAGCUGAGGAGGCUGGUGCCCAGCGCCUUCGAGAAGCAGGGAUCAGCCAAGCUGGAAAAAGCAGAGAUUCUGCAGAUGACUGUCGAUCAUCUGAAAAUGCUGCAUACAGCAGGAGGGAAAGGUUAUUUUGAUGCUCAUGCUUUGGCUAUGGACUAUCGGAGUCUAGGGUUUCGAGAGUGCCUGGCUGAAGUUGCUCGAUACCUUAGUAUUAUAGAGGGUCUGGACGCCUCCGAUCCUCUGCGAGUUCGACUUGUGUCUCAUCUCAAUAACUACGCCUCUCAACGGGAAGCAGCAAGUAGUGCGCACACUGGCAUUGGACACAUUCCCUGGGGCAGUGCCUUUGGACAUCACCCUCACAUAUCUCACCCGUUGCUGCUGGCUCAAAAUGGGCACGGUAAUACCAGUACUACAGCAUCUUCCACAGAACCGCAUCACCAGACCAGAAUUGCCGCCCCACAUGCUGAAACUUCCUCACUCAGAGUGCCCCCAAAUGGCAGCGUUGGACCAGUGCUCCCCGUGGUCACAACUACUACCAAACUGUCUCCUCCUCUUCUCUCCUCCAUGGCAUCUCUGUCUGCGUUCCCCUUUUCGUUUGGCUCCUUCCAUCUGCUGUCCCCCAACGUGCUGAGCCCGUCUACACCAACGCAGUCAGCAACCCUUAGCAAACCAUACAGACCCUGGGGGACUGAGAUUGGAGCCUUCUAAGAACUAACUCUUUAGUAAGGGUGGGGAAGCCUACAAACCUAGCUGAGCUGGGUUAUGCCACGCUUAAAGUUGACGUUCUUAAUAACUGGGACAAAGGUACAGCUUCACCUUAACUAAGUUUGUCUAAAAACUGCUUCUUUGGAUUUUUCUUUUUGUUUUCUAUGUUUUUGUAUUAGCGGGUUUGGGUUUUUUUUUUUUUUUUUUGAAUAAUUGCUGAAGUUGUCCAAAAAUAAAAUUACAAUAGUGGUUGUUAACACUUGUGUUAGAUCUGUGCUGAGCAUUUAAAUCACUUUUGUAAACAGUUUGUUUCAAAUGUUUCAUUUUUCCUGAGUACGUCAGACUGCCUUUUUAUGAAGAGAGAUCACCUAUUACUGUUAGCAACGACCUAGUUUAGUUAUUAAUUUUUCCAAGAUCACUCUUCUCAGCAUUAACAAGCUGUGUUUUUGUUAGUAUUUUGACAUUGAGAUGUUAUAUAAAGAAUCACUCUUUUUUGUAAACUAUAUCUGAGUCUUAUAUUUCUGAACAAAGCGUUGACAAAUCAGAUGGACCAGCUUAACCAGCUUUAUCUAAGAGCCCAAUUUCUAUUUCUUCUGCAGUGGUUUAGUAUAUUUGGUGGUCUUAUUCUAGUCCCUAGUGGACAUUUACUCACAUCUCAGAACCUCUACGCUACUUCCACCAAAAGGAGCAGUAUGUGCUUUAGAGCAAACUCUAGAGUGGGGAGGGUGCAAAAGCCAAAUUAUACAGUAUAUUGGUGGUGGGUUUAGUUGCUGGGGAAAUGAAGGGAAAAAAAAAAGGUUGUUGCCUGCAGUAGUCUUCCAGCCGGAGCUGGUCAUGUGCAUAUUCAUUUCAUAGGGCCAGAUUCGGCUUUGAAUUACAGUGGAGUAAUAAUUAGUCUAUUACCCUGUAUUCUUGGGUAACAGAUCAGACUCUUUCCCUCUGUGGGCUUCAAAUUUGCACCUGAAAGGAGUGAUGCUGGCAUUUAAAUAGCCAAUGGAAUGGUACAGUGGGAACCCGUUCAGUGCACAGCCUUGUUGCUUAACAGAUGUAUCCUAACCGGUUGAUUUUUCUAUUGCGUUUUACUUUUAGGUGCAGUUCAGUGCCACUCCUCAUUUUGUAAGUGCUCUGCUGCAUUCUUGUGUGCGUGAGAGUGUGUGCGUGUACAUGUAUAUUUUGGUUGAUUUCAUGAGAAUCUUAAUCUGAACAGGUUUAUCUAGUGAGUUCCACUGGACGGGGUUUGACUGCUCUUGUAUUUGUGUUGUGGCUAAAUAAAGGAGAAAGAACAAAGUA